GGUUGUCACGCUUAUAGGUAGGUAUAUAUACGUGUGGGCAGAUGCAUAUUACCUCGGUAUAGGUAGCUGCGGAGAUAGGAAAAGAAGCACGGCACGUGUGUGUGCGCGAGUGUGACGCGGCCGUAGGAUCACGAGCGCGCAGUCUUCGCGGACGAUCGCGACGCAGUGCGUGCCCAUCCCGCCGGGCGGUUCUCGUAUGCAUUGGAUGUCUGCCUACACCAGAGCCCAGGUGCCUACCCACUGCGCACUUCCUAUGGAUAUGCGCGCGCGUAGUAUAGAGAAGCGGGGAGGGCUGAGGGGGGAUGACGGGGAGAAGCUCCCCUUAGGAUCCCACGCAAUUACAGCGCCGGCAGAUAGAUAGAGAAAUAAAUAGGCGCGUGGAUGGGAACGGGAUCCGCGUACCGAGGUUGAUGGGGACGCAGGUUGUACCUAUGUAUGUUCGUAGUGCACUCAGGGCGUAUCACCUAUAGUGUCGGAUGGAUAGAUCUCCAGGUAGGGAGCAGCUCCAAGUACUCCCUCUUAUUCUAUCCUCUACCGCAUCCCGCCCUCCGUUAUUUUCCCGGCGACGAGGAAGACGAGGAUGCCGUCACGAGGGCCUGUGUGACUUAGACAAGCUCCACAUGCGCCACGGCUCGAUUUGCAAGCCGGUCGAUCCGCCAUCCUGCUUUCGGGCAGGUCUCCUUCGCCUAACCUGCUCCCCCCCCGGCAUACCAAGACCAGCAGCGCGUGGGGAUCAGAGGAGCGGGACCGCCGCCUGUCUGUUGGAAAGCAGGCAGACCAGCGAGCGGGACGCUGAAAAGGGAAAUUAUUGGCAGGAGGAGGGAGGCAGACAUAGAGAGAGACGGAUCUCUUGUUUCAGCUCGUCGAGGCUGGGUGCGAGGGAGAGGAGGGGAGAGGGUGAGGCGGUAAUACGCGGGAUACGAGUCGGCCACGACGAGACAGCACUUGCGAACAGGGAGGGUAAUACAAAAGGGACAAAAAAAGGAAAGAAAUACGAAGGGAAAUAAAGACGAGUAAAUGUGUUUUUUUUAUAUUAAUAUAUAUAUAUAUAUAUAUAUAUAUAGUAUAGCAGAGAGAACUGAAGCCGGGAGAGAGGGAAAGAAGCCGG